GGCUGGCAGCAGGUUGCCGGCUUGUUCACGUCUAACAAUGGGACGGGACUGCGGGCAGGUCGGCAAUGCUGUGUAGAUGCCCGUCUGGUCCAGGGGGAAACAGGGACAUCUUCCAGCAGGCAAGGAACCGCGCAAAGCAAAGGUCAACUCGGUCACUUGAUUGACAGCACAGCAGCCGGACUAUAAGACAGAGUGGAACUAGAGUGUGGACAAAGACAAUCCUGCUAAUCCGGAACGCUUCUACACGGACAUUCAUGCCAUUCUCAGCAUAAGACUCGCUUGAUCUCUAGGUUUGGAGAAGGAGCUACACAAACCCUGGAAUGGCUCAAACUGCUCUAAACUGACAUAUGAUUUCAGUUUCAUCUGACUGAUUUAGUUCUGCCAAAAAAAGGGGCAGCAAAAACAAAAAAAAAGCCAAACGAGAACUAUACAGUCGACUCUGACCACACAAGCUCAGCUGAGGAAAGAAAAAAAAAGGAGCCGUUUGCUGCAGAUCACAGCUAGUGUAAUACUGCUGAGAGAAGAGAGACAAAGAGGGAGUGAGAGAGAAGAUAAAGAAGAGAAACCACCUUGCCUUCAGUCAGAGCCAGGGAGCCCGAGAGAGUGAGAGAUUCUGGUGGCCGCUGCUCAUUCCCUCCCAUUGAAGAUACUGACAACCCUGGGUUUCGAAAUGAUGAUGUAUUUUUGGGGUAACCAAGAAGUCACAGCACCCCCGGAAGCGAUGGCACAGCCGUACCCGCCAGCGCAGUACCCCACGCCACAGAAUGGCAUCCCAGCCGAAUAUGCCCCCGCACAUCCACACCCCACGCAGGACUAUGCUGGGCAGACUACAGUACCGGAGCACGCCAUGACGAUUUACACGCCUACACAGACGCAUUCUGACCAGCCAUGUACUGAUGCAAACACACAGUCCUUAACGGGCACAUCCACAGUACCGCAGACAGAUGAAGCUGCACAGACAGACUCGCCACAGCAACUACAGAUAUCAGAGACCACAGAGAAACAGCAGCCCAAAAGGCUACAUGUCUCGAACAUCCCCUUCCGAUUCCGGGACCCUGACCUGCGACAAAUGUUUGGGCAAUUUGGUAAAAUUUUAGACGUUGAAAUAAUUUUUAAUGAGCGGGGAUCUAAGGGAUUUGGUUUCGUAACUUUCGAAACCAGUGCUGAUGCCGACAGGGCGCGGGAGAAAUUAAAUGGAACAAUCGUAGAAGGCCGUAAAAUAGAGGUAAACAAUGCAACAGCAAGAGUAAUGACGAACAAAAAGACUCCCAAUCAGUACACAAACGGCUGGAAAUUAAAUCCAGUUGUCGGCGCUGUCUACGGACCGGAGUUUUAUGCAGUGACCGGUUUCCCGUACCCUGCAGCGGGUGCAACUGUUGCCUACAGAGGAGCGCACUUACGGGGGCGAGGCCGCGCCGUCUACAACACCUUCCGCGCUGCUCCCCCACCUCCACCCAUCCCCGCAUACGGAGCAGUUGUGUACCAGGAUGGGUUUUAUGGAGCAGAAAUCUACGGGGGCUACGCAGCAGCGUACAGAUAUGCCCAGCCCGCUGCUGCUGCUGCAGCUGCUUACAGCGACAGUUAUGGCAGAGUCUAUGCAGCAGCCGAUCCAUACCAUCACACGAUUGCACCGGCCGCAACAUACAGUGUUGGCACCAUGAGAUAUACACAGGAAAACACUGGGAGAAACCACACCCCCUCACAGAUGCCAAAUGUGUGUUUUGUAUAUGCAAACCAGAGAGAGUGGGACGGUUCGUCUCAGAGAUAUCUACAGGAAUGCCGUCAAUGCCAGUCCUUGGUUGGCCUACCAGUGACUCUGGCAUGACACAGGUGCACUGUACAUAAUGAAGGGCUCAGAGGCUGAAAUCUCCGGAUUCUGGGAAUACAGAACCUUGUGCCACACCUACAAUGAGCAAGAUGUGGAUCGUACGCAAGUACUGCCAAAUGGAAACGAAUUGUACGUUGUAUACCAUGUGUACGCUCAAACUCCUUUUUAUAACUCCACUUGUAAAUAGUCCUUUAGCUGCCACCCCUGUGCAAUAGAUUAUAACACACCCUGCCCUGCCUCCUAUUGGAACGAACGUGAAUGUCCCUGGGACAGUGUUAUUGCCCAGUCUGAUGCAUUUUUUGUUAUGCAUCCAUUCCUUCAUGUUGUCUUCAAUGGGAACAAGAACCGACAGCUCUCAACAAAAUAGUGGCAAUGAGUUGAGCAAAAACAAAUCUGAAAAAUUCCUAACAAAAAAAAACAAAUAUAAUUCUCUCUUUAGGACUUUCACCGUCCUAGACUGGAAACAGGUUGUGUUGUAAAAGAUUUUAAAACAACCUGAUGUUCCAGGACUUAGAGGCCUUUUUUUCUUCCCGAUCCCUUCCUUUUGACUAAGCCUUCACCCUGUGGUAUCCAAGUGAACCCCCGUUAAUUAUCCCUCGGCCCCACUGACGGACCUUGUACUGGCUUGGUCGCCAUACCGCUGGGAUUGUCAUCUCCCGGUUUCAGUUCGAAGGCUCUUCCUGGAUCGCACUUGGAUUUCUGGUGGUCCUCUUGGUCUGAGGAACCCUCGCUUUGCCUGUCCUUUAGCUAAUCCGUCAACUAACUGCACAUUGUCAUUUUUCCAAGACAUGCUAUUCCAUCCGUCUCAGAGACUAUUUUGCUUAAUUCUAAAGGCAAUUUUGCUCACCCCGUGUCCCUUCAACCCCCCUCUCAGUCCUGGAACUGCAUGUUGUUUAAUAUCCUGUUAGUACCUCAUGUGCUUUUAACUGUCUAUAUGCUGUUGAUUCCUAAUUUCUUGCUCUCUGCUGCUGCUCUGGUAGUUACCUGCUGAUUGGAGAGCUGUAGUUUAGAUGCCUUCCUUUUUCUGUCAUUCUGUAAGCUUCUAACGUGAUUCAAUUAAACAAUAUCCUUAAUAAAGGUUGUUUCUUUCUUCAACAACA